CCAGGCGGCAGCCAGCAACCAGCGCGUCUCUACCUACCAAUCGGCAUGCUCGGCUCUGUGCAGCAGCUCCAGCUGGGCGCAGGGGAACAAGCCUCCUCCCAGUGAUGGCCUCUGCUGAGCCGCCGAGCUCCAGCGUCCACCAGCGUCACAGCGCAUAAGGCAACACUCCCACCUUCGCCCUCGCGCCCAGCCACAGACCGCCAUGUACAGCGUGGAGGACCUCCUCAUCUCGCAUGGAUACAAACUGCCCAAGAGCGCCCCUCCCUCCGCCACGCCUUACGACAAACGUCCCGCCGACUGCCAGCGUGAACUGGUGGACAACCGGGGUCCCGCCCGAGGGACCCUGAACGGGUACGAGGCCGAGCGCGGGGCCUCCAUCGGAGGGAUCUACGGCAACAGGCCGGCCCUGUUGAAGGCUUACCCCGCCAUCGACAACGAGAGCGGCGAACGGAACCAGAGGAAAGUUGGCAUGGGCAUCCUAGGAGACGGUCAGACUUUAGGAGACUCUCUGGCGACCGACAGCGGGAACUGGAGUCUGUCCCAGCUACUCAGGGACACCCUGGACAGUUCUCCAGUCCACCACAGGUUCUACGACGUUCCUAGUUUGACAUAUUCCGAGCCACUGAGUCACGACGAAAGGGACAUUUCCUACUGGCGAAGGCGAGGACAGGACUUUAGUAUCCUUCUGGACUAUGCUGACGGCAGGGAACUGAGGGCCUCCGCCGGUGCAUGGAGACCACAGGCCCUGAUAGCGGCGGAGGAACUCCGUGCCGAGAGGCAAGCGCAGCAGCUAUGGGAGGAAAUUUCCUGGCUGAGGGACCCAGAUGCCCCCGGACACCUCAGGGUGACGGGAGAGCGGAAGUGCCAAAGCCUCGGCACCGAGGAAUGGAGGCCUGCUGUAGGCCUGGGAGAUGGGGAUCGGUGGACACAGGACCCGUAUCGCCUGAGAACGCCUGAAGGUUUUUUUCACCCAAGAACUAAAGCAAAGUCUCAAUCGCUCCCAAGAGUUCUGUCGCCUGACGGAACCGAAGGCAGGGAGCUCAUUCCAUCCAGGCCAAGCCUGCCGGACAGACAGCAGCGGAUGAACAGUACGGUGUAUUCUGGGCCUUACAGCCGGUAUGUCUACAGCAGUGCUUAUGGCAGGGACCGUUGGGGUAGGAACGCCGGGCCAAGCAGCCAAGUUGCACUUUUACCAAAGCCCAGGUUUAGCAGGCCUUUAAAGCCACCGUCAUACGAGAUUCACCAGCAGACUAGGGGUAGCGCAGAAAUGCUCGCCAUAGACCAGGGUUUUAAACAAAAAGACAGGUCUCUGUACUAUCACAGGGGUGGAGAGCUGAGGCACGACUAUUUUGCACAACAGUCCCUGACAGGUAUGGAGCCACCGGGCUACAUCCCUCCCCCAUCAUACAGAAGGGUCCCGCCGCCCAGAGCAGUUUCAAUCAAUCGCAAUGAAGUGGUGAACCUGCGGUGGAGGUCGGAAUCCAUGCAUAUGCCAAGUUCCGAUCCGGGGAGGUGGCUUUCCCGACAGGCGAGUAGUUCAUGGGUGGGACAUUACGGAGAUCGCGGAUCGACUUAUCGGAGGCAGGUCCAUUCUGGGUAUGACGACGUACCAAGUCAGCCUCGGUCUUUACCCAUCGAGGACAUACGAGCGAAACAAAUCUCAGGUGGUCCCAGCGGAAUUUCUCUCACUGACUCAGACAAAAUCCGGAACAUCAACAAAGAGAUUCCGUCCGCUAAAAAUUUAGGACAAUCUACCCAUGACAGUGCCUUUCCUCCCCAGCAGGGUCCUGCUCCCGUGACAGACGCUCGCAAAACAGCUGCUAGUGAAGCGGAAAAUAACCUCCGAUGGUGCAACAGGGGUUUAACCAAGAAGAGUGACAAUGUAGCGUUGGAACAAAGCCGGAGCCAGUUUUUCCCUUCGUCGAUCCUGGGUAAACCACCGCCUCCCCCGUGCAAGCCAGCUGAGCAGGUCGCCUCCGAAACAGCGCCGGAAGUCACGAAAGUGGAACCACUGGAAGUUCAGGAGAAAGAGCGGGAGAAAGAGAAAGAAAGAGAGAAGGAGAAAGAGAAAGAAAAGGAGAAGGAGAAAGAAAAGGAGAAAUCCAAGAAUCUGAAAAAGAGACUGAGCGAGACGAUAUUUUGUCUGGUGUCGGUGCCUGUAACUCCGCAGCCCACCGGAACAAUAAUACGUGAUCAAAACAACAACAACGAGAAGUCACCGGACCCCGCAGACAGUCCUUGUGACAACAAGACCGGCCACUUGACAAACCAAAGUCUCCAAAGCACAUCUUCAGCUGAGGCCGAGCUGCAGGCACUAACGGGAAGCUUUGCCAGCAGUAAGACGAGCAGCAGGGCGAGCAGUAAAAUGUUUAAAAAACUUCCCUGCAGACCCCCCAAAAUCAAUCACUACAAAGAGUUAAAACUUUCAGGGUCGUGGCCUGCCAACCAGUAUCGAGACCAGGAGACUCAAACUAGCCCCGAGGCUCAAGAUCCCGCCUCUCAAAACAAGGAAGCACAAGAAGAACCUCUUCCUGCCGGCACUGACGUUCCACCUGAUCCUACUGCUGUGGGCUCUGCCUUCACGUUUCCCAUAAAGGGAGUGAAGAGUCUAAAACUCUCCAGCAACAGCGCCUUCUCUCUGACCGCCACCUUCUCCAGCCAGCUGAAUAAGAGCACAGCUCAGCAACCAGCAGUGACGCCCUCAGGAAACGUGGAUGAGAUCCAACCAGCGGCCAUCAGCGGGCAGGAAGCCAUCGAAGUCCCGGAGUUUCUGCUGAAGCCGGUGAGUCAACGACCAUGGGACGCCGUCAAGGAGCUGGAGACGAUAAAGAAGGAAGUCCAAGAGCAACAGCAGAAACAGUGCAACAAGCAACCCAGUGUUGACAAGUGCAUUGAGGAUCUCAACGAAGCCUACAAAGACAUCCUGGAGCUCGGCACUGCCAGCAAUAAAGUUCCCAGUGGCUCUGUUCAAAUUCCAGAGCGUAUCAAAAUCCGACUGACGUCAGAACCACUCAACAAGCCCAGCAGCCUUAGACGCAGCGCAGUAAGCUGGUCUGUCGACCCGGAAUACAGGGAGGUCAAAAGCGCCUUUUCCAGACCGGCCACGAAGUCUGUUACCUUCAGCAAGCAGCUCAGAGAGGAGCUUCCUGUGCCACCUCGGGAAACAGGCUUCAGAGAAUACAGGGUCAUGUCGCAUCUCUCACGCAGGCGCAGCAAUGACGGCAGGACGGUGAAACUGGACCUGUCGGACGAACCCAUUGAGACGCCACUCAGCGACUUCAGUCCGACAACAAACACCGCUGCAGCAGAGGUUCCCUGGGCGGACAGACAGCCCAUGCAGGACGCGUCAACAUUAACCAGCCCUCCAGACUACGAGGACAUAUGCCAGACCUUGCGAAGAGAUCCCGCUGACCCUAAUAAAGCGUCCACCGGGAGCGACGGCGAGCUUCUGCAAGACCUGGGUGCGGAUUUAGAGGAGGAAUGUCCAAUUUGUAAGAGAGAAAUGGAGAAUCAGAUGCGACAGGGCCCGCUGCCGCCGCUACAUGAGGAAAACAGCUCAGAUAGUUCAGUCAAUCAAAAUGGCAGUCCUCCUCAGUGCGGGGCGAUAGACACUCCAACAGAGGAUGAGAAGGCUCAGGAGCUGCGUGACUUGAGCUUGAAUCAGUCCGGGCCAGAGUCACGUUCUGAGCCGCCUUCAUUAGCUGUCGGGGAGGGUGAAGCCUCAAACACUGAGAACCCAAGACUGGCCAACCCCGCUGACGGUGAAGCUGCCAAUCAGAUUCCAGGAUCCACAGGACAAGAUGUUCCUGUCGAACCAGCAGGCACAGUAGAACAUUGUGAAACAGCAACUAAGGAGGAGCGAGGAGGGGGCACAGGAGAAACAGAGCGUAGUGGGGACACACAGGAAGCUAGAGGGGAACUUCUGGACAGAACAAGGUCAGAGGAAGUCAUAAGAGUGCCAGAGAAGAAGCCAUUUUUAACGCCUGAGCACCGGGUAGGUGUACGAACCUCACUGGGUCGGGACCAUCCUGGCUUACCAGAGUUUCCCCCGGACAGACUGCCACUCUCAGUGCCUCCCACACUCGACCGAAGGCUGUCUCUCAGUUUGGAAGGGGAAAGGAGGAGCAGAGGCGCCGCUCACCGGAUGGAAGCGCUGCAGAACAAGCUGGCCAUCUCCCCGGGCCGGGUGGCCAUCGAGAACCUGGCCAGGAUGAGGGAGGUGGAUUUCAUGUACCGCAUGAGGCGUCUCAGCAUCAGGAGUACGGACUCUGGGGAGGGAGAGGUCGAGGGGGAGGGCAAGGACAAUGGAAAAGAGGACUCGCCCUCUGCCUCUCAGAGAGACACGGAGAAUGUCGAAGAGGUCACCCGUCCACAGCUGGUCUCCCCGGAGACAAUGUUGCAGUAUAAGGAGCCAUUUUUCUCAGAACCCCACGAUCCCAGUCGAGUGAAGACACUGUAGAGAGAGACUGCGUCCACCUUCCCCCUCUGAGGUUUUUAGCUCCAACACUGUGACCCGGCUGCCUACUAGAAUGCCUUCAUCUCAUCUUGACACUGAAAUGGCCUUCUUGUCCGACAAGAGCAUUGUGUAGAACCCUCACCCUCUCUGCGCUGACUUCUGAGAGUGCUGUUCCACUGCCAAGGGAGGCGCCCCUUUAAACCCGGCGGGCAACUUCCACCCUGAACCCCCACACACGCAGACCCUUGCCCCGCCCACGGUUUCUACUAGCUAGUCUAUUUUGUAGCAGCGCCCCCGCCCCCUGCUUAUCCCCCCAAACUUCUCAUUGGCAGACAUUAUGCAAUUGAUUUGCGCAUACUGGAACUUCUGAAGUGUCGGUGAGCAGAGCAGAUGUUUUCUUUUCGGAAUGAAUCUGUCUGCGAGGUAGAGUUGAAUGUAAGCAUUUAUAGAUUACAGUCUGACGGAGAGGGUUCGGCUCUUUAUCAUCGACUGCAGAAUUGGAUGGUUGCAAUGAAGCACACACAGAAGACGCUUUACUGAGACCCAAACUGAGUCCUCAACACCAAAAGUUUGACUCUAAAAUCAAAGAUGGCCGCUUUAGAAUAUUUGAAAUCCUAACAUACAUUUUUCCUUUUUUCUUUUGGAUGUCACAAUUUAAUUUAGGUAACUUCAGUUUCAUUAAAAAAAUAUAUAAUCUCUAAUUAUAAUUGUAAUUAUUUAUUUAUUUUUGGUGUUUUAAUCAGGCUUUCUUUCUUAUAAAAUAUAUGGAAUUUAUAAUAUUCAUUGAUCAAAUGUUAAAAAACAUUUUUCAUUUUUGAACCGCCAUCAUUUCAAGAAGUAGAGUUUUGGCAUUUAAGCCUAUUUAAAAGAGACUUAUUUAUUGAUAAAUUAUAUAUGAAAACAAUGUAGAAAUUAAUAUAUACAAGAUAUAUAUAGCGAUAAAGAUGAAUUUAUUUGACUUGCGGACCACCAGAGGGCGAAACUCAGGCGGCUUAUUGCGAGGCUAUUCAUGUCGUGUGGGUGAUAAAGAGCUUCUCUCCAUAAGCUGCAGAGUUGUUGUCAUUAAGCUAUUUCUUCUGUUACACCAAAAAUAAAGUGAUCUUGAGGCGAGGCUGUUUUAGAACUGGACUUCACUGUACCUGGCUCCAGAACUGUUUUCAUUUGUAGAUCCGCCUUUCAAUGUCGUGCCCUUCUCCUCAUCGCUUUUUCUACACGCGGCUGAGCUCUUCGGGGAAAAUCGCUCCUGCUAUCCGUCACCAACGAACGAACUGCCUUCUCCAACCAGACGGGUGUUUCCUGGUUAGAUCAGGAGGGUUCCUCCUCCUGGUCGGAUUUGAUGAAGCUAAAACCUCCAGGUCAUUUCAGGAAGCAAUAAAGGGUUCAGUGACAGAGAGACCAACAGGAACACAAAAGAGCAAUAUCGUUGUACAGCCCAUCGACGUGGCGGAGCUACCUAAGUCAUGUGACAGG